AUCGUGGAAAAAGACCCGGCCUGGCGACCUCCCCCUUCUCUCCCACACCACUCCGGAUUCCGGCCUUUCUCCGAUUCAAUGGCUUCCAUACUAUCAACUCGCGCGGUCAGGACUGUCUCCUGCUCCGCAUGCCGCCCCCUCGCUCGUCCCAGCUCGAUCCAGGCCGCUCUCCUUCCGCGGCGAGGAUACUCGACAGCCACCGAGGAGCCAGCAGUCGACUAUACGGACAAGCCGCGGUGGUCGUACACGCCGCCUCGCGCCAAAGCCCCCUUCUCCUUGAGACUCAACUCCAAGCGCCCUGAUUUCCCCGUCAAUUCCGACCCCAAGGUUCUGGACCGGUUCUACAUCCUCAUGCUUGGGAACGAUGGCGACAAGAUGAUCUCGGAGGAGACCAAGUGGCUUGCAGUGACACAUAAGAGUUUUGACCAGGGCCGGAGAGGCUUCAACGACCGGUUGGCUUUUCUAGGCAAAUACAUUGUUCAGCUCCAGGCCUCGUUGGCUCUUGUCCAGAACCCUAGCAACGCAUCGAACGCUGUCGCUCGUGAUGCGUUUGGUCGGGAGCCCUUCACCCACCCGGCAUUGGAUAGCUUGGACAACCUCGACUACAACACGAAGAGCUUCCUCACGAGCAAGACGAAGCUGGCGGAACUUGCUUAUAAGUAUGAUAUGCAGAGAGUUAUACGGUGGUGCCCUCGGAAGCCCAACAAUCUCGAAAGCUCCGGGAUUGAUCUCGUUCUUGCCCACACGAUGUACGCUGUGAUCGGUGCCAUCUCCUUGGAGAAGGGCAAUCUCGUUGCCAACAAGGUGGCUCGGGAGCGGAUAUUAGCACCUCUGGGAUUCAAAAUCACGGCUUGAGUUGGGAGGUGGAUUCAUGGGGAAAUGGCCGCAGGUGCAUUUUCAAGGCGUUUAUUUUCCUUUCUCUUUUCCCUUGCUUUUCUUCCCUGGAUGUUCUCUGUAUGUGUUGGGGGCUCUCUUCAUACACCGUAUAUUAUGUAUUUUUAUCUACGAAUUGUCUUAUAUAGUGACUGCAAAUACCACUGGAAGUUCU